GUGUGUGUGUGUGUGUGUGUUUGAGGUUUUAGCACGAUGUUGACUCUGAGUUUUGUCUCCUGCAGCUCACUCCAGUCAACUCCAGUGUGGGACUGAUAGAAGCAUCAGAUGUUGAUUCAGAGCCGCUGUACUAUCGCUUGGAGCCUGCAACAGAUAAAUACUUUCGUCUGGAAAACAUCAACACUCCAAAGAUAAUUGUGAAAAGCAUCUUGGACUACGAUGUCGUGCAGAAGAUCUCUCUGGUUCUACACGUGCAGGAUACACUUGAUGGCUCGGCCUCCGACAAGCCCUUCUUCACCUCCGUGGCCACCAUCGCAGUGCAGGUGAAGGACGUCGAUAACCGUCCUCCGUGGUUUCAGCCUUGUUUGAGGACCAACCUGGGAAUCGCCAAACUGUGUGUGAGCAGCGGCUACAAAGGCAAAGUCAAUCUCACCGAGAAGGAGGACGGGCCGUUGGUGCUGGAGCCCGGUCCGGUGUUCGCCAAGGACGGAGACAAGAACCGGAGCGAGCAGAUCAGCUACAGAAUACACCGAGGAAAUGAGGGAAAUAUUUUCCAGAUCGAUGAGGAAACAGGAAACAUCUCAAUGGCUAAAGCUGCUGACAUCGUGGGCCCAAUAACUCUCACUGUUCUGGCGUCACAGGUCACCAACAGGGAUCAGUUCGCGGUGACGCAGGUGACCAUCGACGUGAUGAAGAAGAGCAGGAACCCUCCUCGCUUUGAGAAGGAGCGAUACGAAGGAUUUAUCUACAGCAACUCUGUCCCCGAGAGCAUGAUCCUCCGAGACAGAAGCACCAACCGGCCCUUCAGGGUCCGAGCUCGGGACGAGGACUUCGCCGCUGGUGCGAAUCCAGAUGUGAAGUAUGAGGUUCAGUACAGCAGCUACGUCAACGUGACCUCAGACGGGUUUGUGAUCCUCAAGAGAGUCGUGAAGACGGAGUCCUUCGCGCUUCAGCUCAGAGCCGUGGACCCAACGACAGGGGAGUUUGGAACAGCUGCCCUCUCUGUUCAGGUCAUACCAGCCGUGGCCAUCCCGUCUCCCUCAAACGUCGGCUACCGUCCGGGCGACAUGGCUCUGCUGGGGCUGGUCAUGGCGGCUCUGCUGGUCCUCUGCCUCAUUGUGAUUGGCUUCCUGAUCUCCCGCUUGUGGAAGGGAAACGCCAGCAUGGACAAAAUAUGCGAGUGUCUGGGGCCCUGCCUGAAGUCGGACCAGCACCAGUCCGGCCACAGGGACUCCCUGCAGUACACCAACGACGGCUUCCAGACCGAGGGCGACCAGAGCCGCAGGCGCACCUUCCCCCAGGCCCGAGGCCGGGUCCUCCCCAUGGAGAGACGGGGCCGCCACUGCUCCUCCUGCGGCGUCCACACCAACAACAUCCCCAAGGGGAGCCCCUCCGCGAGACCGUCCAGGAGAGGAAGAGGAGACGCGGACGACGAGUACGAAAAGAGGUCCAUCCUCAUCAAGCAGAGGAGGAAGGAGGGCCAGAAGACGGUGUGGUUCAAGGAGAUCGGGGACUCCUCCGACAUCGAGGUGGAGAUCAUCCCAGACACCGUGAGCCCCGUGGAGGAGGAGACGGAGGAGCAGCUGGAUAUGGAGGGGGUCGUCAGAGACCCGGCAGCCCCGGUGAGAGGGUCCGACGGCGGGCAGGAGAGCCAGAGCACAGAGCCCGGUGAGGAGCAGGACCGUGGGAAUACCGGCUCAGGAAAGGAGAAGGGAGGCCAGGAGGAGGAGGGCUGACGGCAGAAGGUCAGAGGUCAGAGAAUGAACCUGAGCUGUUUGUUUUCUUGUUUUGGAGACGACAGCCUGCGACAGGGAGGUCUCAGCGGUCCAGGACGACACGUCCAACAUCUCUGGAUAACUGGCAAACCUCAAGAACACAUUCAAAGGUCCAAAAAGUAUUUAUUUUCUGCUGUGAGUAUCUUAGAAGAAAGAUCCAAGCUUCAUGAAAUGCUUAAAACAUAUACUUAGAAACGCUGGCACUCACAGAUAAAGGGUCUCCCUAUCACACAAAAGGAAUGCGUGCGGGGAACCUUUGGAUUUAGACAAACUGCUGGUUUGUUUACAACUCGACUUCUUUGUAGAAAUGUCCUCAUGUUUCCAGAUGUCAGCAGUAAGUUCGAUGAGUACAAUGUUCUCAUAACGGAUAGAAACGAAGGUCUAAACUACUAAAAUAACAUCCAGGUUGUAAUAAAGUCAGCUGAGGGCCAUGUUGCAAGUCGAUAAGCAACAUCACUUUCUAAUAAGGCAUCAUUUAUAAUAAGGGUUUAUAUGUUGUAAUUAAUGUUUCAUUAUCUACUGCAGAUUAUCUUCUCGAGUAAUUGUUUCGUCGAUAAAAUAUACAUUUUCUAAAGCCAGAUGUUUUGUGUUCAAUAAAAACUCAAAGAUGUUACAUAUUCUGUCAUAUGACAAGAAAAAAGCAACACAUUGUCCUCUGGUUGUAACUAAUGAUCUAUUAGCUGUUAACGAAUCUUAACGCUUUAUAAAGUACUUGUCAUUGAUCAAAACAACUAAGUUUAACUGCUCCCUCUACCAUGCAAGGCAAGUUACUAACUACAGAUUAUCAUCAGAACUCUUUCAGUCUAAAGCUUUAAAUGUUAAGUUAAAAUUAAUAAAUUAAUGGAUUAGUCCAGAAGGUCAAAAUGAUUAGUUGGAGCCUAAAGCAGACGUUCUUAAUGACUUAUGUGAUCUAUAAAGCAUUAAAGGAUUUAUUAACCUUUAAUAAACCCAUUAGAAUAGUAUUUAUGUUUCUCUUAUAUAAACAAAGAUGCCUUAUUAGAACGUUAUUGUAAUGUUGGAUCUACUGGAUUUUUUGCAUUAAUUUGAUUUAGUGUUGAUUUGUGAGGUAUUUAAUUUACUUGAUCGAGAACAGAAAAUCCCAUCCGGUUUUUUUUUAUCGUGUUUAUAAAGUGAAUUUUACAGACAUUUACAGUAUAUAUAUACACACACACACACACACACACACAUAUAUACACACACGAUAUAAAACUAUCAUGAUAGAUGUUUUAGUCACUUCCAGUCAGAUCAGGAAGUCAGCUGAUAACAUGAGUCAGCAAUAAAAGGCCAAACCCUGAGGAGUGAUUUCUGUCUGCGGUGAACGAGGUCACUGAUGAAGAUUUACUAAACCGGACUUUAUAGUGAACGAUAUUUGUGAAGACAAACUUUAUCUACUGAAUACUAAACAGCUGAGGGGACGUUUUUAUGUAGACUGUAUUUUCAUUGAGAACGUUAAGUGAAAUAACUACUUUUAUGAAUGAAUCUUUGGUUAAUGUACAGUUGACUUUUUGUACGUGUAAGUGAUGAAGGGAAUAAUAAAGUUUGAAGGAUUUGUUGAGUCUUGGGAUCGCCUCGCUGGUACAUCUAAAGUUUCACACUUUCAAAAACAUUGAUAUUUAAAAAUAAAAAAAAAUAAAAAAGUUCAGUCUUUUGGGAAAUGUGUGUCGACAUGUUUAAUCUGUUUAGUGCUCUUAAGGUAAGUUUUCACCAUCUAAGAGGAGCUAUUAACAAGACGCAUCACCACUACUUUUAAAAACGGUUUAUUCAGGCCAAUCACAUCAAGACAUCUCAAAGUCAGUAGAAGAGGAACAACUUCCUCCUAAAAACAAAUUACAAUCCCCGAUUUAAAAAACAAAAAAAAAAAAAAAAAAAAAA